AUGGCCUGGUCUCGUGCGCGCCCGGCGGCCUGUCCGGCGUGGUGUGCCGUCGCAGUGCUCGCGGUGAUCCUUUACAGAGCCUUUGAUGGCUGCACAGAAGCGUUUCUGUCUCCACCCAGACAAGCCGUGAACAGGGCGGCUGGAGCCUCCGGAGCUUUGCUGGGCUUGGGUGCAGCCGCUCCGGCGGCACAUGCCUUCGAGAUGCCGAACCUGGGGCAAUUCUUCAGCACUGUCUGGAGAGUCGUGUCUACAGGGAGUGACGAGGUCUACGAUCCCACCACGGAGGAGGGUGCCAAGGCUCUGGGCUUGGCGGUCCCUCUGCCAAAGGAUGGUUUCGGCGAGGUCACAUCAGAUGACGUGCUGCCCUUCGCCUUGUUCUUGCUGGCGUUGGUUGCCUGGGGCCUUUUGGUGGUCCCCAGCAACAUGGAUCGCAGCGACGGGGCGCGGAGGACAUGUUGUGUGCGUGCGUGUGCAUGCCCAAAGCAUGGAAGUACUGUGGGAAAGUCCGGUAUUCGAAUUGCAGCUUCUGGCUUCGAGCUCUCCCCUGUCCCGUCGUCCGCGCUGGGGGCAGCGACAAUGGCGACCUUAAUAGCUCUUCCUUUCGUCAUCGCCGUCGUGAUCCUCAAAGCCCUGGUUCAAGCCGAGCAGAUCAGUCUCGAUGAUCUUGAUUUGAUCACAGACGGCUCUGUGUACGGCGCUUUUAGCUUGGUCCUGAGCUUCACUCUGGUCUUUCGAUGUCAGCAAGCUUACCAGCGCUACAUCGAGUCCGCGAAAGCAAUGCACACCAUGAGCGCGGAGCCUCGACUCUCUACAUCUCAGCGUCUCUAUCUCCCAGGCUCUAAGACUUACUCUGUGCAACAGACCAUGUGUGUUUCUAUGUGUGUGUGUACAUGUAUAUAUAUAUAUAUAUAUAUGAGAGAGGCUCCUUUAGGGUCCAUUUGA